AUGAUGAUACGAUGGAAGAACCGCGGCGGCAAUCUACCUCUCAUCUUCCUGCUCAUCACACUUGUGGCGGUAUGCACUGGCACGGAACACGAACAUCGGACCCACAUGUGCUCAACAGAAGGAAACAUUUGCUCCGAGAACGCCGCUACCGUAUGCAGAAAUAACACGACUCCAUUCUCACUGGGACAAAAGAGCGAGAAGGAGCAAGAAGGAAAGUGUGUGUCUCGGCGUGUUCAUUACGAGGGAUGCAGGAAUGUGAAUGUGAUGCAGAAGAGGACAAUUAUUGCUAUCUAUGCUGUGGAAACUCGGAACAUCAGUGCAUGGCGGCCCAUCAUCAUAACAUACUUCGACCAAACGGUGAACGAUGGGAACGCGAAGCAUGUUCCAGAUGCCGGAUGCAUGGCGCAGAACUGGAAGGGCUUCCGUGCGAUGAUACGGACUCUGCGAGACUUUGCAUUGGAGGCCGCUGUUCAAAUUCCGUUUGUCACACUAAAUCGUCGGGUUCCGUUUGUGAUCGAAAAAUGGAAAAGCUAUGCGUGGAUAACACCUGCGAGAACCCAUGUGCAAGAUAUGCUCCUCAUCUUAUGGUAUGCGAUUGUCCUUCGAUAG